AUGCGUACCUCAUUGUCACUCGUUUAUUUGGCCGUUUCUCUAGUCUCUGCCGUACCGGUCGCGGAACAUGAGAAGAGACAGAACGCAGAAUUCGACUAUGUCGUCGUUGGCGGUGGUACCGCAGGCCUUACACUUGCGAAUCGAUUGUCCGAAGACAGCAAUAUCAAGGUUGCUGUGAUUGAGGCAGGUGGCCUCUAUCAGGUUGCAAACCCGCUCUUGUCGUCGACUCCAGCUGGAGAUGUUUUGUGGGCAGGCUCUAGCCCAUUGGACCAGAACCUUCUUGUAGACUGGAACUUCAUUACAGCUCCUCAAGCAGGAGCAAACGGUAGGAGAAUCAAGUAUGCCCGCGGCAAAUGCCUGGGCGGAAGUUCGGCUCGAAACUUCAUGAUUUAUCAGCGGGGCGACCGCGGCUCUUACCAGCGCUGGGCAGACCAAGUCGGCGACGACUCGUACACCUUCGACAAUCUUAUGCCUUACUUCAAGAAGUCGGUCAAGUUCACGCCACCUAAUACCCAGCUCCGUGCAAACAAUGGGUCGGCCGAAUACGUUGCAAGUGCCUUUGAUGCCAUCGGCGGGCCUCUCGAUGUCUCCUAUGCGAACUAUGCGGGCCCAUUUUCGAGCUACAUGGAAGGUGGCAUGAACGGCAUCGGUAUCAAAACAAGACCCGACUUCAACUCUGGAGAACUCAUGGGAGCCCAGUAUUGUAGCUCUACGAUCACACCUCGCAACCAGAAGCGAGCUUCAAGUCAGACAACAUUCCUUGAAGCCGCUAAAAACCGUGCCAAUCUCAAGGUGUACUCUCUAACGCGAGCUGAAAAGAUCAUCUUCAACAGCGAGAAGCGUGCCACUGGUGUCCAGAUACCUUUUGGCUCUAUCCUCAGCGCAAAGCGAGAGGUCAUCCUUUCAGCUGGUGCUUUCCAAUCUCCCCAGCUGCUCAUGGUCUCUGGUGUUGGUCCUGCUGAACAGCUGAAAAAGUUCAAUAUUCCCGUCCUUGCUGACCGUCGCGGUGUUGGCCAGAACAUGCAAGACCAUAUUUUCUUCGGUCCAACAUACCGCUACAAGGUUCAGACGUUGACCAAACUGGCCAACGACCUUCUUUACGUCGGCGCGCAAUUCGCAUUUGACUACGGCCUACUCAAGCGUGGUCCCCUCACCAACCCUGUCUGCGACUUCCUGGGAUGGGAGAAGGCUCCUCGCAACCUUGUCUCUUCAGAAGCCGCGGCAGUGCUGGAUCAAUUCCCUGCCUCUUGGCCAGAUAUCGAAUACCUUUCCGCACCUGGCUACAUUGGAGAUUUUUCCAACCUCUUCGUAACCCAGCCAAAAGAUGGUUACCAAUAUGCGUCCAUCCUCGGUGCCAUCGUUGCACCUCUCUCCCGGGGUUCAGUCACAAUCACAAGCUCUAGCACAGCUCAGCUCCCUUCAAUCGAUCCUGGUUGGUUAACCGACCCUACUGACCAAUCCGUUGCGAUCGCCAUCUACAAGCGUACACGUCAAGCUUUUGCCACAGACGCCAUGAAGCGUGGACUUGCAGAUACGAAGGAGUACUUCCCCGGCCCCAAGGUUCAGACCGACGAACAGAUCCUCAACACCAUUCGCGACACAUUAAUGACUGUGUGGCAUGCAUCUUGCACGUGCAAGAUGGGAAAGAUCGAUGACCCUGAUGCGGUUGUGGAUAGCAAGGCGAGGGUUAUUGGCGUGACGGGAUUGAGGGUUGUAGAUGCCAGCUCAUUCGCCUUAUUGCCUCCUGGACAUCCUCAGGGAGCUUCAACGACUUACCGAGUGCUCGCGACGGGUUUACUGAACCAAACGGGCGACAACAACGAAGAAGAUUUCAACGCUUUAGGAAAUACCAAUGACUCUGGCGCGUUCGACUCUAUUCAACUGGUCACGCUUGUUGAUCAAGCUACCAGUUAUCAGCACAUACUUUUAUUCGAUCCAUGGUGGGCACAAGAAGACUCUGAAAUGCCAAGGAGCCCUAAGUUCGCUCUAGUAAACGAAGCUAUCGAGAGGUCUGGUAUCGACUAUGUUGUCAACACAACUUCGAUUGUGACCAAAUGUCUGCCCAUAACUACGGACUGCGGGUUACCAAACAGGACGGACGACGAUUCUACAAUACCAUAUCAUUGCUCCGACAUCUUUGACGGAAAUCUGGGCGAGAUACCGGCAAAUGGACUCGAGCGACUCAAAGGCUGGAACAGCACAUUUUACAACCUUGAGAACGGAUCUCCACAGGAAAGUUCGAUCGCAUCGCAGCUCAACCCGUUCAAUUACAAUGCCACAGCCCUGGUGGAUAGUAUCAGUAUUGGCGGCCUUGCCAUAUGGUCGAUGAUCCACAGGUACCCCAUAGCACUGUCUUUGGGAUUGGCAAUGGCCGCAUGGGCUUUACAAUUUCGUGCACUUCAACAAUUUACGACGUCACGUACUCGCUCGUAA